CCACAUAGAAGAGUCGUUCAUUUGGAGCAAGUAAAAAAAAAUGGAGCAUGAAAUGAAUGCAAUAGGAGAAGAACAGACGCAGAAGAGUGAUGCUUCGGAUGCAGGAAUGCCAGGAACAGCAGAAAACCAGAGCGUCCCUUCUGAAGUUGAAUUCAGCGCUCUGCCAAGCCAGGGCCCAGUUCUGCGCUCAAAGCCACGAAGUCAGAAACACUCUUUUUCUCCUCUCUGACUUCCCUCCAGGCUGAAGAGUUUUUUGACAUGGUGGCCACAAUCCAGGCCCGGAGGCUCAAUGACCAGCGGGCAGAUUUUGCAGAGGCUGAAGUUCCAAAUGAAGAGAAUCCUGGGAUAUCGGAGGACCAACUCUAUGACACUAUUCUAGCUCACCAGAGCCAGCGUCUUGAGGAUCAGCGCACGGAGCCGCCUAUCCCGGUGGGAAUUCAAGGGCUGCUGGAUUUACUGCUCUCAGCUCAAGGGGCCCGAAUGGAAGACCAGCGUUCUACCCUUCCCCCGGGCCUUGCUGGCCCAUCCUUGCUAGGAAGGCAGCCUUCCUUUCUACACGGAGUAUGAAACUCCUCCUUCCUUCACCGUUUGGGUGUUCAAAUGACGUUUGACCUGAUCAGAAGCUGGAACUGAGUUGACCUCAACAUGGGGGAACUGAGAAAUCAAACAGCGUCGGAAGACUUUUUUCAGGGAAGUUACUACGCUGUGCAAGGAAAGGAUGAGAAAAACUCACGUUCCAGCACAACACAGCUUUGCAAAUGGCUCAUUUUUAUACUAUCUAUGGCAUGUAUGUUUUUCCUCGCAGACGUUUCAUUACCAAACUAGGUAACGUCAUCAACGCUGGAAGGGAGUAAGGUUGCCGUCUAUCCUUUCUAACGCUCGACGGAGACUCCGCCCAUCCCUCUCUGCCUCCUCCCUGCCAAAAGCCAAUAGUGACAGUACCGGUACUUCUCGACUCACAUCCACCAUCGGUACUGAAACUUCUGCCGCUAAGUGAGGUGGUCAUUAAGGGAGUUGUGCCUGAUUUUACCUUUUUGCCGUAGUCAUGAAGCAAAUCACAUGGUCAUUAAGCUAAUUCGGCUUUCUCCACUGACUUUGCCUGUCGGACGUCCCCUGGGAAGGCAAUCAUGUGAUACCCCCUCCUCCUCCAGGACUCUAUAAUUGUUGUAAACCUGUUGAUUGCGGCGGGGGUGAAAUUCAGCAGGUUCCGACAGAGCCAGUAGCGGAAAUAUUGAGUAGUUUGGAGAACUGUCAAAUACCA